GGUAGGAAAAAAAUUUCCAUGUACUUCCCAAAGAGAGACCCUUCUUCCUCUCCUCAUUUCCUACCCAAAGAGGAAUCCGAUUCCAUUCCUUUCUCACUAGAACAACUUCCAAAUCUUCUUCGAAUCUUUUCCUUCCCUCAAGGCUCUCCACAAGCCCAAGCCAUGGAAAGCACAUUUAGACAAUGUGAGGUCAAACCCAUCAAAGGAGAGUCAAAAACAUGUGCCACAUCAUUAGAAUCCAUGCUUGAUUUCGUACGUGCCAUGCUCAGAUUAGAGAGCGAAUUCAAAGUUGUAUCAACUAUCCACUUCACAGAAUCAACCACCAUUCUUCAAAAUUACACUAUCCUAGAAGAUCCUCUAGAAAUUUGUGGUCCCAAUAAGAUGGUGGCAUGUCAUACCAUGCCUCACCCAUAUGCAAUUUUCUACUGUCAUUACCAAGAGAGCGAAAGCAAGGUCUUUAAGGUCUUUUUGGGGGGUGAAAAUGGAGACAGGGUUGAAGUGGUUGCUGUUUGUCACAUGGAUACCUCUCAGUGGAGCCCUGGUCAUGUGUCAUUUCAAGUACUGGGAAUUGAGCCAGGGUCCUCCCCGGUCUGCCAUUUCUUCCCAUCUGAUAACCUUGUGUGGAUUGCAUCAUCUACUUUAAUUAGUUAUAUGUAGUUUGCAUGUAAUCAAUGAGAUCCUUGCACUUUGAUUUACAAUUUUACUUGUGUGCAUGUCCAGUGAAACGAAGAUCGUGUUAUGCAAGUGUUUUA